AUGGCAGACACUGAUAGACGUGAACUCGUCCGUAAUGCAGUUUCGUUCCUCUCAGAGUUUACGACUCAACAAGCGCCGCUUGCCCAGCGUGUCCAAUUCCUUGAAGCAAAAGGCCUCAGUGGACCAGAGAUCGAGGAGGCAAUGAAGCAGGCGGCGAGCCAGACUACGCGCUCGCAGCCUGCGGCACAGCCUCAUAAUAAUUUCCAAUCACCGUAUGUAACAUAUGGGCCAGCCAGCUAUCCUUCUCAGCAAUGGGACUGGCGCGAUUAUUUCAUAACUGCUGUGAUAUCAGGGUCAGUGGUGUAUGGUGCCGUUUCGCUGUUCAAGAAAUAUCUUCAACCACACCUUAUUCCUCCAGCAGCGACUGCAUAUGAACAAGACCGCGAUGGACUGACAGCACAAUUUGAUGCUGCAGAGGCUCUCUUGAAAGAAAUUCAGGCAGAAACCGAAGCCGUCAAAUCUGCGGUGUAUGAACAAAAUGAACGGGUGAACAAAGUCACCAAAGACGUUGAGUCGGUAGUGGUUGAAAUGAGGGAGGGCGAGUCAAAGACGCGGGACGAGAUGCGUGAAAUUCGUGACGAAGUGGAAAAUAUCCGAGAGAUGCUUCCCAAGAUGAUUGAGAAGAACAAAGAGUCUCAAAAGGAGUCUCUUUCUGAGCUGCAGCAAGAACUCAAAUCCCUCAAGGCUCUGUUGCUUAGUCGCGGGUCUGCUCCACUGACGAGCUCUCCUUCGACACCAAUACCCUUGUUGGCCAGUAGACCAUCGAUACCUUCAUGGCAAUUAGCUAGCUCGGCCCCGGUGCCAUCUACUGCAGAGUCACUACCGAGCUCAACUUCACUGAAUGGUGAUCCUGGACUACGCAAAUUUACUCUCGAAGAACGUCUACGCGCGUCAUUCUCAGUUGGAGAUGCAUCUAAUACUACAUCGCCUGCUAUAUCUUCGAGAGCUUCGCCAGUUUCGAAUACAGUUGUUGUCACGCAGCAUCCACUCUCCCCCACAUCUAUUCCUCUGCCAGCCUCCCCUGCAUUACUUCCAACAGCAUCUCCUCCACCGCAAGUAUUUGACACCCACCCCAGCGACCUCCCGGCAGAUCCUUCACCAUUGUCCCUCGCCGCAAUUCACCUCCAAGAUGCUAGUGAAGAAGGCCCUCAUGCUACCUCAACAACAGAGGUUCUUCAAGCUGUAGUUCAGGUUCCACUGCCACCGAACGUAGAGGAGGCACCUGUGGCAGAAUACCCUGUUAUUCAAGACUCGCAAUCUGGAGACAUUGAUGGCACUACCGAUGACCUCGUUCAUACAGAUGCAUCUGCUUCUAAUGUACCAGAAGUUCACAGCUCGGAUUCGGGAGGCAUCGAUGGCAACGCCGAUAUUCCUAUCCAUACGGAUUCAUCUGCUUCGCAUGUGUCAGAAAUUCAAGACUCGAAUUCUGGAGACAUUGAUGGAAACGCCGAUAUUCCCAUUCAAAUAGAAGUACUUACUUCAGACGGCGAUGGCGAUGGUGAAAAGACGGAACAACCUCCAGAAAUCCCUCCUACUGUGCCUUCGUCAAAGUGCAGCGAAGCUGACGUAGAAGCUCUUCAAGAACGUCUAAGACUCGUUGAACAACGGUUUUCAGAUGUGUCGACAUCUUUUAAAAAACUUCAGGCAGAACGGUCGGCUGUAGAUGAUGUCAUUCGGGAAUUGACUCCUCUGGAGGAUGCUGAUGAUGCAACUGUACUACGUGACUAUUUGUCUAACAUGAAUAUGAAGACUGAGCUCACACAAGAUGAACUGCAGCGUCUCAACGGAAAACUGACACGUCAAGAGGAACGUAUCGAGGAGCUCAGAGAUACUCACAGGCUUGAAACCAGGUCUCAGUUGGACCAGAUUCACAAGCUUCGUCAACAGCUUAACGAAGCAGAAGCCCUCGUUGCAGCCUCUCAAACUUCAGCUUCUCUUAUGGAAGAAGAAACAGGGAAGCAAACAGCCGAGAUCGAACGACUUGCAGUCGAAGUUGCCAAAGCGAAAGAAGUAGCAAAAGAAGAGGAAGAGAAACGUGUCAAGGCAAUUAGCCUCCUCAAGACUGUGCGUCAGAAGCUUGUCAAAGCUGAGAAGGAUAGAGACGAUGCGCUGAAAGAAAUCGGGGAAUCUAAGGAAAGGGACAGGCAGGAGCGAGACAAAGAGAGGCUUGAACGAGCAAGGCUACAGUCGGAAAUCGACGCAGUCAAUGCAGAGCGAGAGAAAGCGGUAACAGGCUUAAGGACCCAGUUCGACAAAGAGGUAGCUGCUGUCAAGGAUCGCAGUGAGAAGGAGCUUUCUACCACCCGCGCACAAUUUGAAGUUGAAAUUGCAGCGCUGAAGAUGUCGCAUUCAACGGAAUUGACUCUUAAGAAGUCACAGAUCGCUACAUUGGAAGCAUCUGUCAAUAAUCUUUCUAGGGAGAAUAGGACAUUCUUUGAACAACUCCAGAUUCGGCAGGCCGAGUUGGAAUCCUCUCAGCACCACGUCGGGACCCUCCAGGGUCAACACACUGAACUACAGUUCCAGCUCAGGGAAGCACAGGAUCGCCUUACUCUUCUCGCCGAGGAAAUAUCAGAUCUUCGAGGGGAACAAGAAACGCGACCGCAUGGGCCAGGCGCUCCACAGGAAGACGUUUCGCAGCUCAUCUCCACGAUGGAAGCCAAGUACGAGGCCAGAUUAGCAGAAAUCAAGAGGAACUUGGUCCUCGCAGAGAAGGAGCGGACAGAGAGCGAAGCGGACUGGAGUCGCAAGCUCUCCGAUAAAAGUAGAGAAACGGACGAGUUGAAGACGAUUCUGCAGUCUUCUGCGAAGUUACGGGAAGAGAAAGAGAGCACUACAGGGGUACUGAAAAUUGAAAUCGAGAAGCUAACAGCUGAGGUGCAGAAUCACCAGCGUCAUGCGUUGGAACUUCAGCUACAGGUUGACCGUAUGAACAAUUCCGAGGCGUCGUUCCAGCUUCGCAUCUCGGACGCUCAAGCAGAAGCCGAAGGUUACAAGAGCCAGCUUGAAAACCUGAAGGCUCAUGAAGUACAGCUGCGUGGUCACAUCAAGACGCUCCGAGAAGAACUCCGCAAGGUGCAAAACUCAGCUGCUCUACUUGAGCGUCAGCGCAAUCCAGGAGUGGGUUAUUGGACCUCGCGGACCGAGAACACUGAUUCUCGCGUGUCGGUAUCGCCUGGCUCUGAUCUUCCAUUGCGAGCUGCAUCUCCUAGACCAACAUCGCCCGCCCCGUCCAAAGGCGAUGAAGACAUUAACCUGGAGUACCUUCGAAACGUGAUAUUGCAGUUUUUAGAACACAAGGAGAUGAGACCCAAUCUCGUUCGCGUUUUGUCCAUCAUCUUGCGUUUUACACCACAAGAGACCCGGAGGCUGAUAGCGAAAGUCUAG